UAGUUCCUGUGUUUUUGUACAUUAUGCACUUGUGUUUGUGUAUCAAGAAAUAAAGAAUAAAGAUGUAAUAAUUGAAAUUCAGCAGGCAUAGAUCUGGUCCAAGAGUUUAUAUGUGCUGAAGUUAUUUCAUUAACCAACGUGAUUCAUAUGUUGUAGAAUUUACUGUGUUAUUUUAACAUGUUGAGACAAAGUUUAGGUGUCUGUCGAACUUUAGUGUCUGUGGGAGCGAAGAAUGAACUCAGAUCCUGUGGUCAUGGAUCAGUUUCAACGAAAACUUUGUUUCAGAAACGAUUUUAUGCAGCCCCACCAAAAAGAUUCUACAAAAAAACCGGCGUGCUUUACAAUGAUGGAAGCUAUGAAAUCACAUUAGAUAAUAGAAAGUUGAAAACUCCAGCUGGAACAUUAUUCAAAGUGUCAAAUGAAGCAUUAGCUCUUGCUGUGGCUACAGAGUGGGAUGCUCAGAAGAAAGUCAUCAACCAAAGCAGCAUGCACUUGACAGCCCUAUGUAGCACAUGUAUAGACAAUCCAAACCAUGUAACGAAGGAAGAUCUAAUUCAAAAAAUUAUUUCAUUUCUAUCAACUGACACAAUUCUCUUUCACUCUUCAGAAGAUGAUGAACUUUACAAGUUCCAACAGUCUGAGUGGCAGCCAGUUGUUGACAAAUUCAAUGAAAAAUUUAGUGUUAAUUUAGCCCCCUCCCGUCAUUUAGGAAUGCCGCAAGUUUCAGAUCAAGAUCGAAACACCGUUCAGAAGUACUUAGCCUCCCAUAAUUUUUGGGCAAUCAUUGGUUUCAGUUUUGCUGUAGAAAGUCUCAAAUCAGUGAUACUUACGUUAACUUGUAAGGAAAGAUUUAUAAGCGUGGAGAAGGCUGUGCUCCUCUCACGGUUAGAAGAAGAGUUCCAAACAGGACACUGGGGACGAGUUGAGUGGGCCCACGAUGUAAGCCAGUUAGACUUACAAGCCCGCGUCGCUGCCGCCAUUAUGUUUGUCUACCUGAAUUCUGUCGAAGAAACUGUCAAGAUGAAAAAAUCAGCUCCCAUUACGUGAGAAUUGUCAAUAUCGUAUCAAUGUAUUGCCAGUCAAAGAUUAAGGCUGUUGAGGAUUCACCAAGAUCUCCGUUGCAGUUCCUGUAUUUUGUAUUGUAUUCUACAGAAUUAGGGUAAUGUUUACCAAAUGGGUGCUUUCCUGACCAAAUUUUGAACUGAAAAAGCAUAAGAUUUGUUGAAGUCAUACUAGAAUACUUUUAAUUUCUUAUCACUAAGUACCCAAUGUUGAAAAGGUCUUCAUUAUAAAAAUAACAAGGGAGGGGGUCGGAGAUUAUUACCUCUGACUUGAAUGUAGUUUGUAUUAUAAAUAUCCACUUCCUUUUUUUUUUUUUUUUUUUUUUUUUUUUUGUUUGGCUCGAUCUGUGAAAAGGUUUCUAUGAAAGUUAUUCGACCGUAGCUAUUUCAAGACUUUCAGGUCAUAUUUUGCAAAAAUGCAGUGCGCAUUAUGAAAACAAAAACAAAAUGAAAAAAUAUGGCACCUCAAGUAAACUUUCAAACCUUAAAUAUGUACUAAAAAUAUGGAAACCGGAACUAUAAAUAAAGCAAUGUAAAAAAUGUGGUAGUAAUCUUAAUCUAUUGAAAGAUUUGUCUCUCCUGUAAAAGAACCUUGGAAAUACCCCAAAUAUACCACCAAAAUUGGGGUAACUUUGCCGCAUAGGCAAUAGGCACAAGUAUUUAACUGUAAAUAAAAAUAGACAGUACAUUUAAA